CUUCUACCAAUGGGUGCAAACCUAGUUGUUGUAGAAAAGACGAAACUAAUAGAAACAAAGUAUCGUUGAACAAAUCUCAAGGCAUAAGUAACAUCCAGAUUUGUUAUACGGCCGCCAUGGCGCGCACCUGUCGUGCAAGUCCAUGGCUGGUCACUUUCUUAAUGGCGGAAUUUGCAACAGUGUUUGGCCUGAAAGACGGUGACUGCCUACGCCCGGACGCAGCGGCCUCGUUCGUAAACACCCCAGGCGGAUAUGAUCCCUUAAAAGGCAUCGAAAGCACGCACUGCGCCAGCCUCUGCGCUGGCAUACCAAUGCCCUACGCCGGGAUCCAGUAUGGGAAGUUCUGUCUUUGCUCUAAUGACGUGUUCGUGGAAAAGGCGGUUGCAGCAAAAGAUGAGGUUUGCGACAAACAUCCAUUUGCAGUUCGAUUCUACUUCUCGUCACUGUUCACGCCGAUUGAGAACAUACGAGUGAUGCCCUCACAGUCAUUAGUGGCUGUUGGAGAGGAGGUUUCUUUUUAUAUUGCGACCUCAUCAGGCAAGGAUGCCCACGUAGUUAUCGACUUCGGAGAUGGCAGUGAGGGAAUCAACGGCAGUCUAUCAAUGGAGCCGAAAUAUAUCUAUUGGAAGCCUGGUCGAUACAAUGUUCAGGUCAUGGCCAAGCCUUAUACGGCCCACGACAUAUAUACUGCGUUCGCGCACACCACCGUGGUUGUAACUACGAGUCCUGAAGAACAACACAUUGCGUGGGCUUGCCCUGUCCUUGUCGAGCCAAACGUCAAGUUUCAGUGUCGCCUUGACGUUCUCAAAGGCACUGACCUCAGUCUCGAGUUUAUGCCUGGCGAUGGCACUGGAAGCAAAUCACGCAAUAUACCUGAUGUCUACCCGACGAUUGUCGGCGAACGUGUCCCACAGUUUCGGACACAAUCGGUCGUACUCUCCGAAGAAAACGCCGUGGAUUCAGCGAUUCUUCCGAACGCGCGCGUACUUCACAAAGGAACUGUUUUCGCGUUUCAGGGAUUCGGUGCCGUUCAAGGAAAGCUCGAUAUGCUCCUUCUUCGGCCAGCGUGCCUUGGCUGCUCGUUUGAAGACGACAUUGCCAAAUGUGAGGGCAGUACUGGCCUUUGUCUUUCGAAAGUGGCCUGUGUCGAUUUCGACAUGUGUCCUAAAAGAGAUGUUAGUGAAGUUUAUAAGAUCAUGGCCGUCGUACCGAUCCAAGUAAAAGAUGGGUAUUUUAUCCAUAAACUUCAAAAAACGUUGCCGGUUGAAGCUGGAGAUAUAUUUGGCUUCACAACGGCUGCAGGACGUCUCGCCUUCCGCAAUGUCCCGAUGGAAGAGUCUGAUCUGGGGAAACGGAAUGGUCUUAAAGGUCAAGCAGUGCGUACAGAUGAUCUCACUAUGAAGGAGCAGCGUUUCCUUGUAUCUGCGCUUGUCAACACGCCCCUGAAUCUCACAUUCGAGUACAAGUACGGAGAUGCAGGCGCUUACGAGGUAGCUAUCAAUGUGAAAAACCGAUACCACGAGCAAGUGGUACGUCAAAUGGCCGAUGUUAGUUCUCAGCAGAAACUGACAGCUUUUAAGUUGGAUAUUUCUCAAAGCACAGUACCAACUGGAGCCGAAGUUACCGCCACGGCUAAGAUGUUCGGAGGAAGUGACCUGACCAUGAUCUGGAACUUUGGAGAUGGCCACGUUGAGAAACAAGAUAUUACAACCGUUCAGACUGGUCAAAAGUUCCACCGUGUACACAAAUAUGCGGAAGCAGGAGUCUACAUAAUUCAGGUAAAUUCAUCGAAUCUUCACGGCUCCUUUGUGGCGCGGAGGUCGGUCAUAGUACAGAGGCCUGUUACCGAAUCCUGGGAGGUCUUCUCAAAUGCUCCGAUAAUCUUACCAGAUCCAGUGCAUCUUACUCUUACAUACCCAAAGACGGCUAAACUUCCUACAGACGCUACAGCUCGAAUCAACUUUGGAGAUAAACAGAGGGACAAAUGGAAGAUUCCUAACGAGGUAGAGGACAAAGUGAGCCAGAACUUUAUUCACACAUAUCUAAAGCCCGGUUUCUACACCAUACAAGUCAACAUUUCGAAUCUAAUCUCCUACCAUGUCCUUACCGAACGUGUGGAGGUGACCACUCGCGUGCAGGGUCUUUCGGCAAAAGUCGAAUUCCAACGUGAGGAUGGCGGGGAAUUUAUCGGUGGUAUGGGACCCCAGGGGGAUAUUUUUCUAACAACGAGACCAAUCACGGUAUCAAUUAAGCUAGCGUCUGGAAUGGUUGAGAACUUUUUCCUGGAAACCAAAAAAGGCCAGCCGUUAGCAAAUGGAACGGCGGCUCAGCGUAAAUACACACUACAUUUUAACAAACCUGGACAGUAUGAUAUAUUCGUCUACGCGUGGAACCAUGUACAGCACCGAACGGACCCCUACAUCCUCUCAAUCCGUACGAUGGAACCGAUAGAAGGCGUCGAUGUGUACAUGAACGAAACGACUCCAAAGGACGAGUAUAUUCGACAUUUCGUUAUUUCAGCAACCUUCAAAGGAAGCGAUACCUGUGCCAUCGUAGAUUACGGAGAUGGGGCUUCACUCAAAGCAUUUGGCUCCAGGAGCCAAUGCUUCAGCAGGUAUAAGCCCGAAGAUUUUGAAUUUGAGGGCACAUUAACCAACCCCCUUUACCUUACGAAGAUAUAUGAACGAGGCUUUGACUAUGCUUUUACCCUAGUCAUGUUCAAUGAGAUUUCGGAAGAGGUGCGCAUGUUGAACUUUACCGUCAACAACGAGCCAUGCAAAGCUCCGGUUGUCAAAAUACGUAACCAGGUGCUCGAUGUCAACAACGCUUCCUUCUGGUACAGGAAUAAAGCCGUUGAGCUAUAUAGCUUUACAGAACUGGAAUGUAACAUAUCUAUCGAUGUGAACCGUCGAUGGGAGGCCUUUCUCGUCGACGCUGAAAACGAUGGAGAGGUUGUUCAUGAAAUCGAUAUUAUGGAACUUGACUCUCGAACUAAGUCGAUGCUUUACGUGCCCGAGUUUUUCUUCGAUCCUGGAUUCUAUAAAUUGCGUUAUAAUGUUAAUAUGAGCGCCCCAACAGCGCGUCCUCCCAUGUUCCACCGUAGAUGGGUAGAAACGUAUAUUGAAAUCAAGCCGUCGCUAAUAAUACCUCAAAUGUCGGAAGGCGCACAAUCUAGAGUGACCCGUGGCUUCCCACAAAUGCUCACACUGAAUCCAGCCAACUAUUCUAUAAAUCCUGAUGACGCCGACGAUAUGGAGUUCAAAAUCACAUGGUAUUGCCGUCGCGUGGGAUUAGGAGAGCAGAUCGACCGUACUGUAGCGUACGAUCAGCAGCCCCUUGUAUCACCUCUGUACCAUCGCCUUAAGGAUCUGCCAAUGAUCCUUGCUCAAGGUCGGAAGUUCGAUUCAAAAGAAUACCUCGCUAAGGAGAAUGCCCACGACGAGGGGGGAUGCUUUGGCACGGGUCCCGGACGGAUAAACCUUACUGCUGGCUAUCUCGAUUGGAGUACUUUGCUGUUUUUCAAACCGAAUGAAACCUACGAGAUGCUAGUCCAUAUAGACAAGGGGGACCGUCCGCCAUCGUGGGGAGCUAUUCAGGUCGUGCUCCUGGAACAUGUCCCACCUUCGAUCACUGUCAAGUGUCAAACGGAGAAGCUCUGCUAUCCAUAUGAGCCGAUUGGACAAAAAAUCAAUCCAGUUCGUGUUGGACUCAUCGGAGUUUGUUCGGAAAACUGUGACGGAGAACUGUCAUACGCUUGGGAAAUAUUUGGCAUGGAUAAUGAGACUGAGGUUCCUCUCGAGGAUGCUCCGCAGUACCUUGUUGGUACCAAUGAACUUAAAAUGGCCCUUUCAGAUGAUUUUUUCAAGGUGUACUACCCAAUGUUUGGGGAUUUCAUUGCCAAGUUAACUGUAACCAAUGAGUACGGAGUUUCGGGUGUUUCCGACUUGUUUUUACACAUUAACAAGCCGCCGCAAGAUGGACACUGUACGUUUGGGCCUGAAGAAGGUCGAGCGUUGCUGGACAAAUUUACGGCCAGCUGUUCGGGUUGGAUCGACCCCGAAGGCUUCGAUAUUGAAUUCUUCGCCUUCUGGGUUUACAACAUGGAAAAUAGUGUCUUGACGUUUUUGACGUAUGGACCUGACCACACAGUACAACUACUUCUACCGUACGGGGAUUUUCUUGUUGGAGCUGAUAUCAAGGACAAGGAGGGAGCUACGACCCGGGUCAAUAUGACCCGCUUUGUGACCCGUCUUCCAACAAAGAGUGAAUUUGAAAAUUAUUUAAACGAUCGAAGUUUUGAUAAUGCCGAUGCUGCAGGAGAUCAGGCCAAAAUGAAUCAGAUGUCGCAGGCCAUUACGUCGCUUCUGAACGUUCGGCUUCGAGAAGACUAUGAAAAUGAAAUUGAAAUUGACUACAACAAUACAGAACUUAUGGAAAAAGAACUAGAAGAGCAAGCCAUUCUUCGCUCUCGAAUGAUUCGUUCCGUAUCUUCAAUUAUGAAUGUUGACACGCUGAAUUCUAUCGAACAAAUCGGUUCGGCCCUGACCGCCAUUGCAGGAGCAGGAAACGGCGUCGAUAACGAAGGAAAGGAGCUGAUCAUUAAGCUACUUCGUAAAACUGUGACGCUGGCAAAGACCAUGAAAGUUGAAGCUCCUCAGCAACUUCUAGACUUCUGUAUGUACGCAGUAGGAACUAUGGGAGGAAUUGUCGCGCGGAUGACUCAGCAGCUGUUGGAAGGCACUGUAAUGCCGACGGAUAAAGCUAAAGCAGUUAACCUUGAAUACGAUACAGAAAUUGCCCUUGAAGAAGAAGAGGAAAAGGAGGCCUUGUUUGACGGUUCACUACCUAUGGAUAAGGCUCUUGAACGAGCAGUUGUCCUCGAGGAGCGAAAAAUCGCUGAGGCGCAAAUUAUAACAAUGGUCCAACUAACGAUCGACAUCGUAUUGGCCAUUCUCCGUAAUAUCAUCGUUGGAGAACGCCCGCUUGAGUUCGCCGCGCCCUCCGGGCUCGCCAUGACCAUAUCAAUGUUCAGUGGUGGGGCUCUAUCCGGUAAAGCGAUUCAGCAUGGCGAUGCUGUUUACAUCUUCCCCGGAGUAUGCGAUAUGCUGGCAAAUCAGCCGAACUGCGCAGGCAAUGAAACAUUAGGUGUGAUGGCGGUCUCAUGGCCUGCUAUUCUGCAAUCGUACGGAGGUUCCGUAGACGUCCUUUCGAAAGAUUCCAAGACACUGCAGUUAAUAGUUCUGGACGACACAUUGCAUCCUCUCGACAUUUCGAAUACCACCGAUUUCUUCACCAUAAUUGUGCCCCGUAAGGGAGCUGGGGAAAACAGUACGGGUUUACCUGACCCGGUGCAUUUCUCCCCCGAGCCUAAGUGGAACGAGCAAAUGGUCUAUCAUCAAUUUAUCGUUGAGAAAGAAGAUUCGGCAGUUAACAUCGAGAUUAUACCGGACAAUCCUGACCAUUCACGCUUACUUGUGUAUCUGAAACACAGAGCUAAACCAUUGCUUCAUUCGUAUGAUAUGGUGUUCAAUCUAAGUCAAGCUAGGAAUUCAAACGGGACAUACGACAUCUUCCUUGACAACUUCGCUAUUAAUAACAGAACUGGCUAUUUCUACAUCGGUAUUACGGAGGCCAACGUGUCAAUAUCCGAGCUGAUGGUAAACGCCAGUGGUUACUUCAAUCUUACUGAUAAUGAGGUCGUCCGAGAGUUGAGUACGGACUACUCCAUUCGUAUAUACACCUCCGGCUGCUAUUUCUUCAACAAGAAAUCCAAAAUAUGGUCCGGCGAGGGAUGCUUUGUUGAAAACGCUAAUUAUGCGGCAACAUAUUGCAAAUGUAACCAUCUGACAAGCUUUGGCUCAGGAUUCUUCGUCGUUCCAAAUACCAUCGACUUCUCUUACGUAUUUGCUAACGCCGGCUUCGCUGACAACGUCACCAUUUACAUGUGUGUCAUACUGACAAUGUUUAUCUAUUUAGUACUUCUCAUUUGGGCCCGCCGAGAGGAUCUCAAGGAUAACGAAAAGCUAUGUGCUUAUCCGUUGCCUGACAACGACCACAGAGACAAUUACCUUUAUGAGAUGACAGUACACACAGGGGACAAGGAUGGAGCGGCCACCGAUUCGAGGAUCUUCUUUAUCCUCAGUGGAGAUGAUGACGAGACGGAUGCACGAACCUUCGGUGAAUCAAAAAGCAAACUGUUCCGCAGGGGCGGCCAGGACACAUUCGUAAUGGCCUGCUCUAAACCUCUCGGGCGGCUUAACUAUAUGCGUCUUUGGCACGAUAACUCGGGCAAAGGAAAAUUCCGUUCAUGGUACCUGCGAUUUAUAUCGGUUCGUGACGUACAGACCAACGCCCGUUACGACUUCAUUGCCAAUCGUUGGUUCGCUGUCGAGAAGGACGAUGGCCAAGUUGAUCGACUGCUUCCUGUUGCAGGGAAAGAAGAGACGACUGAGUUCAGCCAUUUGUUUCAACUGAAAUCUCAGAAGAACUUUGCCGAUGGACACCUUUGGUUUUCAGUGUUCCUUCGGCCACCAAAGAGCCGAUUCACAAGAUGCCAACGAGUGUCCUGUUGUAUUGCCCUACUUUACUUAUCGAUGCUGGUCAAUGCGAUGUGGUAUGGACGUGUACCAUCUAAACCGUCUGCAUCUACGUUGAAUAUAGGACCGUUCGCUCUAUCGCCUGAGCAAGUUGGCGUGGGGGUAUUAGCCAACCUGAUCGUGUUCCCGCCCACUUUUCUCAUGAUUACACUUUUCCGCAAAGCUCGGCUUCAUACGAAGCGGCCCAACAGGAUAGUGGAAGCUCUUCGAAAGCAACGUAAAGACUCGUUGAUAGUAGGGCAACGGAAAGCUAAUCCGGCCACAGACUCCACGACAGAUUUGAUGCAAACGAAGGAUGGAAGCGUAACCGAUCUCAAUAGUAUCGCCGCAGCCAAAAAGGAACAGAAAAAAAAAGCAAAAAAAACUAGAACUCUUCCAUACUGGUGCAGGUAUGUGGCCUGGUUCAUAUGCCUGACAUCGAUCUUUACCUCGGUCUUCUUCAUCUGGGCAUACGGAGUCCAAUUUGGUGACGAGAAAACGCGCAAAUGGAUCACGUCACUCCUGGUGUCCUUCUUUACAUCUGUCCUCGUAACACAACCAAUCAAGGUGUUUAUGACAGCCAUAAUUCUAUCAGCGCUGUUUAAGUUGCCGCAGAAGGACGAGGAAGAUGACGACGACGAGGAAGAAGCGUUCGCCGGUUCAGCCGGACUUUACCAUUCUGGUACAUCUGCGGGUAGCGCGCGUCGUCGGCAGUAUAAACCGCCGCAAAAGGGUGAUCUCGAUGGCGUUCGCGAGGAAAGGAUGCGAGAACUAAAAAUGUCGGCCAUCUUACGUGAGAUUUUCUCGUAUCUACUCUUCCUUUGGCUACUUACCGUAUUAUCAUAUGGAAAUCGUGAUCCUAACGCAUAUUGGAUGCAGAUGAACCUCAAGAACGAGUUCAUCGAGAACGCUAAAUUUAUGGAGCUUUCAUCGACCGACGGGUUCUACAAAUACGUUCGCGAAACGGUCGUGCCUCAGCUGAAAGUGGGAGAAUGGUACAACGGUCAACAGCCAUUCGGUCUACGUGGAUUCAUAAACGACCGAGUCAAUCGUAUCAUGGGCUAUGCUGUUAUGAGGCAGAUACGCGCCAAACCAAAUUCGUGUAAGGUGGAGAAACUGAUGCGGAACGUGGUCAGUCAAUGUCGAGGACAGUCUUCAUUGAUCAAAGAAGACAAAAAACACUAUCACCCUAAGUGGGUUUCGAUGGCCAAAAAUCAUAGUAUCCUAUUCAAUCCAGCUAAUCUAACAGACGAGGAAUGGAGACAUAAGAAGGCCAAAGAACUCCACGGACUUCCAUUUUGGGGAAAACUCGAUGUUUACGGAGGUGGUGGUUAUAUUAUGCGUCUUCGAGGUACCAAGGAAAGCAUUAUCAAGCGAAUAAAUGAACUUGAGGUGUCCAACUGGAUUGACGGAGGGACCCGUGCUGUAUUCAUCGAAUUCUCCGUUUACAACGCGCAGGUGAACCUAUUCGGUGUAGUAACAAUUGUGGCCGAAUUUCAUCCGGGCGGCGGAAUUAUACCCAAUUACCGAAUAGAUGGCAUUCGGCUGAUGCGCUACCAUCAAGGAUUUGGCCUAUUUGUGCUCCUCUGCGAAGUUUCCUUUAUCGGCUUUAUCAUAUACUUCACUGUGCGUGAGGCAAAGAGUUUUCGAGCAUUGCGGAUAGAUUACUUCCGCUCGUACUGGAAUAUCACCGAACUCGUUGUUCUAGGUCUUAGCUAUGCCUGCAUGUUCUUCUACAUAUCGCGUAUGGCAAUGACAAGAAAAAUUCUCAAAAUAUUCGAACGGUCACACGGCAACGCCUACAUAAAAUUGCAGCGGGUGGCGGCCGUCGACGAAGUAUUCGGCUACCUAAUGAGCUUCCUAAUCUUUAUCUCAAUUCUCAAAUUCACGAAGCUACUUCGAUUCAACAAGCGGAUCGGCGUACUUUAUUCGACACUGUCGCAAUGCUCGAAGGAUCUGUCAUCGUUCUUCGUUGUUUUCUGGGUGAUUUUCCUCGCGUUCACUCAGGUGUUUUACAUCGUGCUAGGGACCAAAAUGAAGGAGUUUUCAAGUUUCGUUACAUCGGCGGAAACAUGUUUCGACAUGGCACGAGGCCAAUUCAAGUUUGACGAGAUCUCAAUGGCGUCACCGGUCAUCGGACCCCUUGUAUUUUUCGUGUUCGCCUUCAUCACGUCGGUGAUACUUCUCAAUCUCUUCGUAACACUGAUCAUUAGCUCGUUCCAGUCAGUCAAAGCGGAUAUAGAAAAACAAUGUAAUGACUACGAGAUCAUCAGCUUCAUGGGUCGAAAGGUCAAGGGCUUUUUUGGAAUGAGCCGAGGAAAUGGAAGAACUACCGAGCAGCCCAUGACGAUCGAGUCACAAGUUCAUUCUCUUCCUGAAAAGGUGGAUCGACUCUUAAGCUUCAUAAAUGAGGUUUAUUUGGAUGGAGAAAUUAUUCUAGACAACAAGAAUAAGCUCAAAGUCGUUUACAAGGCUCCCGAUCAGGGUGCGACACGACGGCAGACCUCAGCUGGCGGUGUACAACCUUCAAUGUUUGAGUGGGUGGAGGUGAACAACGCUCGCUCAACGUCCACUGGCUCAAGGGGUCGGCGCCCUCAGAGCCGCAUGGAAAGCGGAAGAGCCUCGGCUCAAAAGCAGCGCUAUUAAAUGUCAGCGGCUUGACAAUAAUAAACCAGUGGCUCGACAGUGGAGGAAUAUAUGACUGAGUCGAACCUACAGCCCCGGAUUAUUGGAAACCCAAGUACGGCUUCCUGUUAAAGGAACAUGACAAAAAAUAUCACUUAACAAUUGAUAUGAUAAGUAUUUUAUUUUCCAUCUGAACUCGUAAACGAAUAGUUAAGUGUACAAACAAAACUGCUCUCUCGAAGUGAUUUUGCAGUCUGCAGUGGAUAUAUUGCUAUUUGCAAAUAAAGAGGCAAUGAAAAGAUACGGGUCGAAAGGAUAUUAUUUUAAAAAACGAUAGGUUAAACCAAAUUGAAACAUGUACCUAUUUACGGAGGGAAGUCGGCAUUUGUUGUCCUUGAAAUUCCGUAAUUGGUUAAUUAAUUAGCUAAAAUAAGUCUGUUAAGGAAAAAUUAACUAAUUAAGAGUAAUUCUGGCUGUCAAAGUAUGCAUAAUAACAGAGAAGAGUAAAUUCGCGAGUUUGCGGAAAUACCCAAAAGUUUCCCGGGCCCCUAUAGUUCGCGCUGGAGGUGUUAGGUCCACUACACAACCCUAUAAGUAUUCUAUUGUGCUAAAUAAAGUAGAAAUAGGAUAGUAAGGAGCGGUCUUUCACCUUUCGUCGUCGCCUUAACCGCUUAGUUAAUAAUUUUCUUAAAUAUAAUAAUUUUAUUAAAAUUCACGUACGAAUAAUACCUAAAUUUGUUUCGAAAUGGUGUGAAGUUUCAUUUUUGAUUCGGUAAGCUGAUAUAUUGUGGCGAUCUUCUUAUUAACUAAAUAAAUAUUGUAAAUUAAAAUAUUAAAUAGAUAAAAUAUUGUAAAAUUAAAAAAAUACUAUUCAUUUGUUAUAAAUCUACUUGGUUUCUAAAGCGAACGAUUACCAACAAUCGAAUAUGUCGCCGUCGAAAGAAAAGUAGAUAUUCUCUGUUUGGGAUUAAUAAGUAACUAUUGAUGGAUGACAAGUAGUAAAAAAAAAAAACUACCGCGU